UUACAAAACAGUCAUCAAACUUUACCAUCGUAUUCGUAAUUGCCCUACUAAAAAAGUCGGUCUUCCUCCGACCCACGCGCUCGAUUCCCCUCUCUUUCCCACCAGGCCACGACCAUCUCCCCCGUCAGCCUGACCGCCUCCAUCCGCCGGCAUCACCCGCCUUCGGCCGGGAGCCCUUCUAACAUCUGCAGCCUUCUUGUCUAACCGGGGAUCUGUUGGUUUCUUGGCCUACCGAGGAGGUUGCGAUUCAGGGUCGCUGGAUUGUUUGGCGCCGUCCCAGCGUGGUGAUGAAUACGAGGCCUGUAGUGCUGGUCUGCCUCCUGAUCGUGCUCAUCAUCACGUCGCAGUUCGAGUGGAAGCAGCAGAUCGAGGACGCAGCUGACGCGGACCCUGUCACCGCGCGCCGGCGGCAGCAAGUCCUUGCGAAGGAGGACGCCGUCAAGGAGAAGAUUCUGGGGAAGCUGUGGAGGGGCCAGAUUCUGGGAGGAUCGCCAAAAGGAUUGGCCCGUGAGAGGAAAAAACAUAUUUUUCUUAUGGAGGCCGCAUUAUGGCGACACCGUGUUUGCGCACAGCAUACACAACCUCCAAAACAUUAUGGAGUGCGCUCCACACGCGCUAUGGGAUACUCUUGUCUCAAGAGAAAAACAUUCAACAGCUUAAUGAGCUUAUCGAGAGCCUUCAACGGCAGCUGCUGCACUGCCGUGGUAGCAACAAGACCAUUCAUACCACUACAAUUGCUGCUACCGAAGCAAGUGAGGUGGAUGGGCAUGAAAUCAUUGAUGAUUGAUGGUAGAUAAUCUCUUCCCACGUGGUUCUUUUAAUCUAGAAUAGCAGCCAUGGAAUAUUAUUGUUUAAUCAGGCAACAAGUGCUUCACGACUUGCUUCUAAUGGAGCGAAGGAACAAAUUAUGCUUUAGUUUACCGCAUUGUAUACUUGUACUAAGGCCUUUCCCCACAAGUAUUGUAGAGAGCUGUAAUUUGUACUUAAGUUUGUUUUAGGCCACGGCCACUAAUUCAAUUGGAAAGUUACCUGCUCA